AAGCAGAGGCCUGAGCUCAAUGACAUAAAAGCUGACAUUGCAUGACAGUAAAACUAGUGGAAUAAGUUACAUAAAAAUAAAUGAGGGGGCCAAAUGACAUAACCGGAAAUAACGUUACCCGGAACGACUUUGGAAGUGUACCACAAACAAUGGAAGCGGUGACAUCCGACAGACCGUACCACAUUAUUAUUUUCGGUGCUUCGGGCUUCACCGGCAAGUUUGUUGCUGAAGAAGUGGCCCGGUACGCGGCAGAAAGUACUGGAAAUGACCAUUUAACAUGGGCAGUGGCCGGUAGAAGCCGACCCCGUCUGGAGGGAGUGUUAAAGCAGGCGGCUGACAGGCUGGCUAUGCCAGAGUUGAGGACGGAUAUUGAUAUCAUCAUAGCAGACGUGUCCAAUAAAGAAUCUCUGGCCAUCAUGUGCCAACAGGGUCUGGUUGUUCUCAACUGUGUUGGUCCAUACAGGUUUUAUGGCGAGCCGGUGGUCGCCGCAUGUGUGGAGAACGGAGCUCACUAUAUCGACAUCUGUGGAGAGCCCCAGUUCCUGGAGUGCAUGCAGCUGCAGUACCACGCUAAGGCCUUGGACAGAGGAGUCUAUGUGAUUGGCAGCUGUGGCUUUGACUCCAUACCUGCAGACCUGGGCAUUAUCUACACUCACACACACUUUAAAGGGACACUGACUGCAGUGGAGAGCUUCCUGACUAUCAGCAGCGGGCCUCAGGGCACAUGCGGCCAUGUUGCCACGUGGCAGUCAGCCGUGCACGGCUUUGCUGACAGUAGCUCCCUUCGCCAGCUGCGGCGGAAGUUUGGCUACAAGCCGCUGCCUGUGGUGGGAAGCAAAGUCCGCCCGAGAGGUUCUGUGUUUUUCAGCAAGGAGAUUAUGCAGUAUGCCAUCCCAUUUAUGGGUUCAGACCCCUCCGUAGUCAAGAGAACACAGCGUUUCCUUUUCGAGGAGGAACAUCGUUCACCAAUCCAGUAUUGUGCAUAUGUCGGUGUUGGGGGCCUCCUCUCGGUUGUCAAGCUCGUCUGUGGUGGACUGCUCUUCUGGAUCAUGGUCAAGUUCAGCCUGGGCAGGAAGCUCCUUACCAUGUUUCCAAGGUUUUUUUCCUUUGGCUUAUUCAGCAAGGCUGGUCCAACGAUGAAACAGAUCGAAGACACCUGCUUCAGCAUUGUGUUUUUCGGUGAGGGAUACUCGGAGGGUACAGACCCUUCACAAGGACAACCCAACGCCAAGAUCUGCACUCAGGUCUUGGGAGCAGAGCCUGGUUAUGUGGCUACAGUGAGCGCUAUGGUCCAAGCAGCAGUAACUCUGCUGAAAGAAAGACACUCUCUUCCCAGGAGGGGAGGAGUUUACACACCAGGAAGCGCCUUUUACAACACCAGUCUCAUCGAUCGCCUUCAUAACCACGGCUUCAAGUUCUCUGUGAGAAACUACCAGGAACCACCUCAACAUGAGUCACUGUAAAGGUCACACCAUAGCUUUUGUGUGUGUGUGUGUGUGUGUGUGUGUGUGUGUGAGAGGGGGAAAAAAUGCUGAUUUUGCAUUUCUACUUCAAAAAAAAAAAAAAGAUUCUGCUAAAAAAACUAAAAUAUUGAUGACUGCAAUAGCAAGUAAGUAAUGCUGCACUGUACGGUGCCAAUUGAAGACAUUAGAAUAAAUAAUUGUCUUAGAACUUUUCAGACUUAUGCGCAUGUUUAAUACCAGACAAAUAGCAACGGAGGAGGCGCGGUCGGGGGAGGAGGCUGCAGAAUCCGAGCAUGUUAACCAAGAGAAGGAUGCAGAUUUACUAUGUACACAACUUGAUAUUUAUGGAGUAGUUUAUUAAAAGAAUGAAGGACCCAAAAUCAUUUUGUAAGCCAGUGAAAUGAGCAGCAAAGGACCGCUUUAGGGAUUCAUUGUGGAUGUACGUAUUUUACUUUGAUAUAUUUUCAUGAAUAAAAAAUGUGUUGUGUCACAUACCUUAUUUCCCUCACACUUAGUUAUUAGUAUUAUUGCUGUAUUAUUAUUAUUUUGUUUGUUUAAUUUGCCAUGCCCAUUAAUAGAGACGGUUCUGUUUUUUUACUCUCUAGGGCAGGGGUCACCAACACAAUGCCCACGGGCACCAGGUAGCCCCCCACGACCACAUGAGGUGCACACAAGCCUGCUUUUCAUUCAGGUUUUCAGUUAAUAAUGUGAGAACACUAGAAAGAAAAGUAUUCUGAAACAUAAAGUGUGAGUUGUGGAUACCAGCAUUUUUUGAAUGUUUUGGUAAAACAUAUAUCGACCGACAAUGGAUUUGUUUUUAGCAAAAAUGUGUACCCCCCAACCUUCCAAUUUUUCUGUGUGCCGCCUUCCUUGAACAAAGUUUGGACACUCCUGCUGGAAGUCAUCAGUUGUAUUACAUCGUCGCUGCCAGCAGAUGUCAGGUUUUAGCCUUAAAUGCACCCACUUGACGAAUAAUGACCCUGCACAUCCUGACGUGACUGUAGAGGUCAUUUCAUGCCUCGGAGGAUGCGGCAGAAGGGUGUGGAUUCACAGUGAAACACUCACCAGGCUUCUACUUUAAGGCGGCGGUCAUUAAAGAAUAAAAAGACAAUUUCCUGGUCAUCUUGCUUCAGGUUGUGAGUCCCCCACCCCACCCCGCCCCACUGUUUUAUCUGCUUCCCGUUCCCCAGCUGUCACCACAGCACAAUAACGCCAUAAACACGGUCCAAACACUGGCUGUGCCGACAGAACAUGUCAGCUUGACGUGCAGUGUAGGUGUGAGGGUGAGAGAUUGCAGUGGUGCCCCACCCUUCCAGCCUGUGUCUGCACACACAAUGCUCCAUUGUCGCUGUGCCGAUAUCCAUGCUCUCCUCCUAGAUAUCAACAUCCCCCUUUUUAACUGUUACUACUGACUGAUUGAAACUGCCCAAGUAUAGUGCUUCCAUGUUGUACAACCAAAAUGUUAGCCUUCAUGUUUUGAUGCCGGAAUUGUUUAAAUGUGUAGAGAAGUGUGCUAAAAUGCCAGUCAUUGCCAUGGGAAUUUUGUGCUGGAAAAUGUGGAAUUCUGGGAAAACUGUUGAAAACAUGUGGCCUUAAUGUUUUGAGUGAGCUGGAUGUUGUGGCGUUCGAAUGGUUUGACUCGGUUGAUAUAUUACAUUAGUUUGAAGCGAGAGCUGCUGCCAGUAUCGGUAUAUGUAAUGAAAUGCUGGAAAAUAUUGGUAAGAAAGCCAAUAUCGACCAUCUAUGUAUGAUACAGUAAUCCCUCGUUUAUCGUGGUUCAUUUGUUUCAGGCCCGACUGUGAUUAGUGAAUCUGCCAAGUAGGAUUCCUUAUUUGUAAAUACAAUAUUUUCAGCGUUAGAACAUAGAAAACCUCUUUAUGACCUUCUAAAUAUGCUUUUUAACAUUAUUAGAGCUCUCUAAACAUUAAAUAACACCCCUAUAGUCACCUUUACAUUCAAAUUACUCAAUAUAGUAGACAUAAUAAGAGAAAAUAAGACAUAAAUAAGACUCAGUAGGGGAUGUUCCAGCUAUCAAGUCUGGUGCCUAUGUUUCUCCCUGAUCAUUGCAGUAACAUUACUCGCACCUAGUGAGUAGUAUAGAAUACUACAUGUCAUCACGUCUUUGAUUGUGUCUUCUGAAUGACUCAUAUUUGUACUUUACUUAACUUAUCCAGCAAAAUUUGCUUAAAUAUUCUUUUUCUCCCCCAAUAUUCAACCAUGAA